AUGUCGAACUCGGUGGGGAAGCAGCCGCCGGGUUCUUCAUCAAAUAAUUCUCCUCCUGCGCCAAUUGGCACAAAUUCCACCUCCGAUUCAGGUUCUUCAGCUCCGGUUCCUGUUAGUGAAGAAUCAUCACCAGUCAAUGAUGAUGAUCAGCUAGUCAAUGCCGACUCAUCAGCUUCACCACAACCUUCUAUUAAUCUUGAUUCCCCACCAACACCAUCUUCACCACCACCCACUAAUUCGAACCCUCCCCCUCCUACACCAGUACCAUCCUCACCACCUCCGUCGAAUUCCAAGUCUUCUCCACCUCCCAGCCCACCAUUAGUCUCAAAUUCAUCAGCACCAUCAAUAACAUCUCCACCACCAAAAUCUUCACCAAACUCACCACCUCCAUCACCUAAUCCUCCUCCUACCCCUGCCAAGAAAGAGUCACCUCCUCCACCUGUUCAAUCCCCUCCUCCUCCUCCUGCGUCACCUCCUCCUCCUGCUGCAUUUUUUACUCCACCUCUCUCUGGAGGUUCACAAAAAUCUCCUCCUCCCCCAGCAGAAUCCAAACCCUCUUUGUCUCCCCCCAUUUUAAAUCUAUCACCCAAGUCAUCGGAUUCAAAUAGCACUCCGUCAAAUGAGCACAAUCCAACAGAAUCUGGAUUUCGUAGUCCUCCGGUUCCAGUAACGUCGCCAUCUGGCCACUCAUCACCAACUUCUUCUGAUGUGAGAAAUUCCAAAGUGCCUGUGACUCCACCAGGAAAUGAAAGUAAUGGAGCUGGAAGCAAGACAGUCAUAACUGUGGCUGUUGCUGCAGUCGCAGGUUUGGUUAUUAUGGGGCUAAUUGUGGCGAUCUUUUUAGUUGCUAGGAAGAGUAGGAAAAGACGGGAGCCCUAUGCUUCUGGCCAUUACAUGCCGCCCAAAAGCCAUACUGUGAAAACAGGUAAAUGUGCCUACAUAUUUUUGAGGCUCAGACCCCAUUGCUUAGUAUCUUAUGAUUUAAUCCGUCACCUUUUUCCUGUUUUUCCUAUUGAAGAUGGAUAUUAUUACGGACAGCAACAACAGUCUGUGGGUUUCGCUGGACCUGGAAGUCACUCUUAUCGUUCCCAAACUGCACAGUCUGACAGCUACGGGAGUCAAAGAGGAAAUAUAUACAACGGAGGAGGACCUGAUUCAGGAGUCAUUGGCAGCUCUAAGACCUUUUUCAGCUACCAUGAGCUGAUGGAGAUAACAAACGGAUUUGCUCAUCAAAAUAUUAUCGGUGAGGGUGGGUUUGGAUGUGUUUUCAAGGGGUGCAUGCCAGAUGGGAAAGUAGUGGCUGUCAAACAACUGAAGGCAGGUAGUGGACAGGGAGAGCGGGAAUUCAAGGCUGAAGUUGAAAUUAUCAGUCGUGUCCAUCAUCGACAUUUGGUCUCUUUGGUUGGCUAUUGCAUCUCUGACAAUCAGCGCUUACUCAUCUACGAAUUUGUUCCAAAUAAGACUCUUGAGCAUCAUUUGCAUGGUAAGGUUGCAGACUUUGGGCUUGCCAGACUAAAUGACUCUACUCAGACCCAUGUAUCAACUAGAGUAAUGGGAACAUUUGGGUACUUGGCACCUGAGUAUGCGUCCAGUGGAAAACUAACAGAUAGGUCUGAUGUAUAUUCAUUUGGAGUUGUGCUUCUAGAACUGAUAACCGGACGCAAACCAGUUGAUGCAAGCCAGCCUUUGGGGGAUGAAAGCUUGGUGGAAUGGGCUCGUCCACUCCUGAUUCAUGCCCUUGAAACCGGCGAACUUGGUGAGUUGGUUGAUCCACGACUCGAAAAGCAUUACGUGGAGAGUGAGUUGUUUAGAAUGGUUGAGACAGCUGCUGCUUGUGUUCGCCAUUCGGCUCCAAAACGGCCGCGCAUGGUGCAGGUGGUGAGAGCAUUAGAUAGUGAAGGUGAACUGUCAGAUCUCAGUAAUGGUGUGAAAUUUGGCCAGAGCACUGUAUAUGAUUCAGGUCAGUACAAUCAAGAGAUUAGGAACUUCAGGAGGAUGGCUAUUGGCAGUAAUGGAAGCUCAGAAUUUGACACUUUCAGUGGAGAUCACUCUGGUAGAGACACAUCCCACGAACCCCCAACAUCAAGUGAAUACACGAGUAGCGAGUCAGAAACACUAGCCAUGAACCGACACGGCAGCUAUGGUGGCCGCCGGUUUUAG